AUGGCACCCAUCACGUUUGAAGAUAUUCCAUAUGACUGCCUUAGAGAGGUCAUGGAGGAGCUGAUGUGGGAGCCGGGGCGCUCCGGCCUCAAGUCGCUGUCUCUGACAAACCAUCGACUGCGUGCCAUCUCCAUGCGCUACCUAAACCGAUGCAUUUCACUACGCCUGCCUUGUGGGAUCCUGACAUUUCAUCACCAGAUAGCUCGCCGUAUAUGGCUUCUGUGGCGAUAUGAUGCCUUCUCCUCUGUUCGCCGUGUCGUCGCUGGCACGUGGGAUCCCAAGUGGGACGACAGGCCUGAGGACAUGGACGAAAUCAUGCAGUUCGACCUGGCCGAUCUGGACCCCUUCUACGGUUCAGCAGAUAAGAACGUCUUUCAGAAUGGCGAGCUUCAAGUAGAGCCUGAUGAAGACUGCGCCACUAAAAUCCUGAUCGAGCUCUUGGACAGACUGCCAGGACUCAAGCACUUUGUAUUCCCGGACGCAUUGCCUUCUGCAUUGCUACAAGAAUUGGAGUUGAAGCACCCAAAGUGCCGGCUUCGUAUCUACUGUCUUGACAACGACAGCAUCAUGAAUAUGGAGUUGAUCACUUCGCCGUGCCUCGACAGUAUCGGCUGCGUUUAUUCCGACGCUUCUGGCGCCGACCAACCUAAAUGCAAUUUGAAAAGCCGGGUAAUGGCAAUCAUCGCCGGCAUGGCACCCUCGUUACGGGGAGUUGGGCUGCUCAACAGGAGGGUCGACGAGCCGUUGUUCUCAUCCGAGGAAGACGAAAACGCACACUGGGAAAGCCAAGGAGUACCAUAUGCACCCCAUCAAAUGUUCACGGAACAAGCGUUCCCGCGAAGGUUGGGGCAGCUGAAAUUUUUAACUCUCAAGGGCCAGUGUCAAUACCCGAUUCGACUUGACAAAUGGGCCAACAUGACCGAUUUCACCGUCCUGGAGUCGUUAAGACUCGAAAUCAAUUUCUCCGGGCCGGAUCUCGAUUCCCUUAAGGUGCACGGCAUUUUCCCUCGCCUCAGAAUAAUGUCUUUAAGCUUAUAUUGUGAGGACCCGGGUGCAGUCGAGACUGAGGACGAGGAACGGCUCAUCAAAAUCCUCUCCAACCUGCCACCUUUGCAAUCACUCAAACUUACUGGGUACAUUUGGCCACACAUACCCGCCCAAGCACUUCGUGUCCAUGGUCAGUCUCUCGAAAGAUUGGCCUUGUUCCCCAUCUCUUCGGAGGAUCAGUACGAAUCUGGCAAGUUGCUCGACAGCAAUUUAAGAGAUUGCGAAUCUCUGGAAACAGCACAAAUUCUAAACAUACUAGAUCAGUGCCCUUUACUUGAGGAACUGAAUAUACCAGUUCAGAGAACAUACGAGAACGCCGACGAUCCCGCCAUAUACGAAGCGAUGGGCGAGCUCAGGCGCCUGAGAUCGGUAACGCUAUACAUGGACUGCUUCGCGGAACUAUUUAACCGCCGGGAGACAUAUGAGGCGCCGGAUUUGAUGUCAAACUAUAAACACUAUUACGCAAUCACCAACAUGCAGGAAGUCUUGUGGACUUGCGCGAUGGACCACUAUCUCGCCUGGGAGAUUCUCAAAGCAAUAACUGGAGGGCGGACCACGCAUGUUCUUCGAGAGCUGCGCCUUCUGUCGUCUGCAAACGCGACAGAAGCAAGUACUAGAUAUGGAGACGAUAUGGGCGCCAUAAUUCAAAAUCUGGCAACAGAUCAUACCUUUAUAAAGGACGCAGACGGCAUGUUGUGGACAGGCCAAGAGCAGUGGGACACGGAGAGGAUUGGCACAGCAUACCUCUGGACGGACAAGACGUCUAGGCGUGGGGAAGCGUAA